CGGUAGAGAACAACAUUGCACUUUGCAUCAGCUCUUAUGUGAGUGUUGCCUGUUUCUUUCUCGACCCCCCUGUGCCUCAGUCUGCAGUGAAAGUCUCCAGCCUGUAUUUACCGGAGGGGGCAUGGAACCUCUGCGGAAGGAGGGGAAGGAUAAUCCGUCGGCUACAGCUAAUCUUCUCUCCAAGAUUUUCUUCUGUUGGCUGAAUCCCCUCUUCAAAGUUGGAUAUAAGAAGAAACUGGAAGAAGAUGACAUGUACAAAGUUUUACCAGAGGAUGCAUCUGACAGGCUCGGGGAGGAGCUACAGUGGUACUGGAACAAAGAGCUUCAACAGGCAGCUAAAGGACUGCGUCCACCUAACCUUAGCAAAGCUCUAGUUAAGUGCUAUUGGAGAUCAUACUUGCUCAUUGGACUAUACAUAUUUGUGGAGGAAGUUAUCAAAAUUAUCCAGCCACUUCUACUUGGAAAGCUAAUUGAAUACUUUGAGAGCUGUGAUCCGACCAACACCGCUGCACCCUAUGAGGCCUACACUUAUGCAGGAGGUAUUUCCAUGUCAACCAUUGGCCUGGCAGUCCUUCACCAUCUUUACUUCUACCACGUCCAACGAGCCGGCAUGAAGAUUCGCGUAGCCAUGUGCCAUAUGAUCUAUCGAAAGGCUCUCUGUCUUAACAGCACAGCUUUGGCCAAAACAACCACAGGACAAAUUGUGAACCUCUUAUCCAAUGAUGUCAACAAAUUUGAUGAGGUAACACUAUAUUUGCACUUUUUGUGGAUUGGACCACUGCAAGCAGGAACUGUCAUAGUAUUGUUACUGUAUGCGAUCGGCCCAUCAUGCCUUGCAGGGAUGGCUUUCUUUUUCAUCCUGAUGCCAGUACAGACCAUGUUUGGUCGCUUCUUCUCACGUUUCAGGGCUGAAACAGCAAUCUUAACUGAUGACAGAAUACGCACAAUGAAUGAAAUCAUCACAGGGAUCCGUGUUAUAAAGAUGUAUGGCUGGGAGAAGCCUUUUGGUGCACUGGUGGAUGAGGUCAGAAGAAUGGAGAUCUCCAAGAUCAUGAAAAGUUCUUACUUGCGCGGCCUGAACAUGGCGUCUUUCUUUGUGGCCAGCAAGAUAAUAAUCUUCAUCACCGUCUGUGUCUACGUCCUGACAGGGAACCGGCUGUCUGCAAGCAAAGUGUUUAUGGCUGUUUCCCUUUAUGGGGCAGUCAGGCUCACCAUCACACUUUUCUUUCCUUUUGCUAUAGAAAAAGUGUCUGAGUCUUUAAUCAGCAUUCGAAGAAUUCAAAAGUUUCUCCUGCUUGAUGAAGUUUCUCCCAAUUUUCUUGGUCUUCCUGUGGUGGAAAAAAGUGACUGCAUGGUGAAGAUUCAGGAUUUAACAUGCUACUGGGAUAAGAUGCUCGAGGCUCCAACUUUGCACAAUAUAUCAUUCACUGUGAAAUCGGAGCAGCUCCUGGCAGUUAUUGGACCUGUUGGAGCUGGAAAGUCCUCGCUCCUCAGUGCCAUCCUUGGAGAGUUGAGCCCAGACAGUGGUAUGAUCAAGGUCAAAGGAGAUCUAACCUAUACCUCUCAGCAGCCCUGGAUAUUACCUGGUACGAUUCGAAGCAACAUCCUUUUUGGCAAAAAACUCAACAUCCCGAAGUAUGAUAGAGUUCUGAGAGCCUGCGCCCUCAAGAGAGACAUGGACCUAAUGCCGGGCGGUGACUUGGCGAUGGUUGGGGACAGAGGAACCAACCUAAGCGGAGGACAGAAGGCCAGGGUCAGCCUAGCCAGAGCAGUGUAUCAGGAUGCAGAUAUCUACUUGCUGGAUGACCCACUUAGUGCUGUGGACGCUGAGGUGGGCAGACACCUUUUUGAAGAGUGCAUUUGUGGACUUUUGAGGAAGAAGCCUCGAAUCCUGGUUACUCACCAACUGCAGUAUCUGAAAGCUGCAGAUGAAAUUAUUGUCUUAAAAGAGGGUCACAUGGUGGUACGGGGGACUUAUACUGAACUGCAGAGCUCUGGUCUGGACUUCACCUCUUUAUUGAAGGAAGAGGAGAACCACGAGGAGGAGAGGCAGCUCAUGACCCCCAUUUCUGGGAUGGUCUCUCGCUGUUCCCACACUGUGUCAGACAACUCCAUGUCCUCCAUGUCCUCCCUCUCCUCCUCACGACACUCUUUAAUGGAGGGAACAGAGCCGCUAGCUCUGGUAGUGCAACCAAUGGAGGAAAACCGCUCAGAAGGAAACAUCAGCCUGCGUAUGUAUGUGAAAUAUUUCAGAGCAGGCGCUAACUUCUUGGUCCUCUUCAUCCUCAUUUUACUCAAUGCACUUGCACAUAUUACGUUUAUUCUCCAGGACUGGUGGCUUGCUUACUGGGCCUCUGAACAGAAGCACAUCAAUGUGACAGAGCACCUCAAUGGCAGCUUCCCUCGGCAGCUGGACCUUGACCUGUACCUAGGUGUUUACGCAGGUUUAACAGCCACUUCAGUUGUGUUUGGCUUCCUACGCAGCUUACUCUUCUUUAAUGUCCUGGUGAGCUCAGCGCAGACCCUGCACAACAGCAUGUUUCAUGCCAUCCUGCGGACCCCAGUUCACUUUUUCGAUAUUAAUCCGAUUGGAAGAAUCCUCAACAGGUUUUCAAAGGACAUUGGUUACCUGGACUCUCUGCUCCCAUGGACGUUUGUGGACUUUAUCCAGGUUUUUCUCCAAGUCCUUGGGGUAAUUGCAGUGGCUGCCAUCAUCAUCCCCUGGAUCCUGAUUCCCAUUGCUCCCCUGCUUGUUGUUUUCCUGUUUCUGCGACGCUACUUCCUCCAGACCUCCAGGGACAUCAAGCGCCUAGAGUCUACCACUCGUAGUCCUGUCUUCUCCCAUCUGUCUUCGUCUCUACAAGGCCUGACCACCAUCCGUGCCUUUAAAGUACAGCAGGGUUUUCAGCAAAUGUUUGAUGAAUACCAAGAUCUUCACUCAGAGGCCUGGUUUUUAUUCCUGGCUACUUCUCGCUGGUUUGCUGUGCGUCUUGAUGGAAUUUGUUCAGUUUUUGUCACCAUUACUGCUUUUGGCUGCAUUUACCUCAGGGAUGGACUGGAUCCCGGUGCAGUAGGUCUGGCUCUGUCCUAUGCUGUGACACUCACUGGCAUGUUUCAAUGGGGUGUCCGACAAAGUGCAGAGAUCGAAAAUAUGAUGACAUCAGUGGAGAGAGUAGUUGAGUACGCAGAGCUGGAGAGUGAAGCACCCUGGGAAACAAGUAACCAGCCUCCACAUGACUGGCCCACGACAGGCUCCAUCACCUUCGACAGAGUUAACUUCUCCUACAGUGCCAGUGAACCCCUGAUCCUAAAGAACCUGACUGUUGUCUUCACAUCCAGAGAGAAGGUUGGUAUCGUUGGCCGGACCGGUGCUGGUAAAAGCUCCCUGAUCUCUGCUUUGUUCCGGCUGGCAGAACCUGAGGGGAGGAUCUUAAUUGACGGUGUUCUGACUUCCGAUAUCGGCCUACACACCCUUCGCCAGAAAAUGUCUAUAAUUCCACAGGACCCAGUUCUCUUCACGGGCACCAUGAGGAAGAAUCUGGACCCUUUCAGGCAGCACACAGAUGAGGACCUGUGGAAUGCACUCCAAGAGGUGCAGAUGAAGGCCGCGGUGGAGGACAUGCCUAAUAAACUGGAGACGGUGCUGACAGAGUCAGGUUCGAACUUCAGCGUGGGUCAGAGGCAGCUGGUGUGUCUGGCAAGGGCUAUCCUUCGCAAAAAUCGCAUCCUCAUCAUUGAUGAGGCCACAGCUAAUGUGGACCCAAGAACUGACAGCCUCAUCCAGCAGACGAUCCGGGACAAGUUUCAAGAGUGUACAGUCCUCACUAUUGCUCACAGGCUCAACACUAUCAUUGACUGUGACAGAAUACUGGUUCUGGAUGCCGGCAGGAUCCAGGAGUAUGAUGAGCCAUAUGUUCUGCUGCAGAACAAGGACGGACUCCUCUACCAGAUGGUCCAACAGACAGGCAGAGCCGAGGCCACCUCGCUGCUCCACACAGCCAAACAGGUUUACAUGAACAAAAAGCGGCUGACAGGUGAAUGCUGUGCCAAGGACAUCUGUGUCAUCUUUGAGACGUCUCUUUGACAUUUUGGAGAGUCGCUGUGGCCCUGAUACUUGCCAUCACUGACCAAAUCCUUUGCCAGAUAGACUCACUGUAGGUCCUAGUGUGUAUUAAAAUGUCCCAGCAGGCUUAGCGUAGCAGCAGCAGUAGUAGUAGUAUGUGCUGUGCUGCGUAGACAAAAGUUGUGCCUUUAUUGACCUUUAUUUACUGAAUGUCUAUUUAUUUAUACCACUGUACCACCUUCACGUCUGUCUUUGUGUUGGAUAGCUUCAUUCCUACACCGCUGCUCAAAAGCGAGACAAUUGCAUGCAUCUAUAUAUUGGUGCAAUAAAUUACUGGUGACUUAAAUUAUUCUUCUAAAGCAAACAUUGUUUUGUAGGACUGAGAUUAUGCUUUCAUUAUAUGGGAUAUACUUGACAAGACAUUGAGAAACUAAGAGAAGAAACCAAUGUUUUCAGUAAUUAUUGUGCCUUAAUUCGAGUAUUGAUUUUGUGUAAUUGCACUGUUUUAAUUGAAUGGUCUUCCUGCACUUCGACUAUAGUGGUUUUACAUCUACCUCAGCUGUUACCCGUAAACUUUAAAUGAAACAGAUCAUAAAACAGUAACAAUACACACUUAACAGCAGGGAAUAUGUUGUAGAAUAUUUGUGUUAACAUAUUUUUUUACCCCUAAGAUGAUCAGUAUGGAAUUUAGUUAUUUAUAGCUAAAUUCAUAAAUAGCUGCAAGUUUGUUUGCACUGGGUUUUUACAUUAUUGUGUAUGUUUUAUAACACUUACUCAGCUUUGUUAAAUGCAGUAUUUUUAGUGAAUUUGAAUAUGGUUUAGUUAUAUAUAGCAACAAUGAUGUAAUUAAUGGUAAUGAGAACUUUUUUUUUGUCAUUAUUAGUCGUGGUUGCAGGAAAUUAAAUCCCGGCUAUAUAUAAUAAAACAGUUUUGCUUA